ACCCGAACCCGAAGUGAGUGAGUGAUUCGGUUUGGUUUUGGUUUCCGAUUGCCCGAUCCUUGACGGCCUCGCUCGUUUUUACAAUUCAUAGAAAAAUUGUCGGUUUAUUGUGUCGUAUGUAUAUCUGAUCAUAGUUGAAAUGAUUGCCGAAGAUCUUAUCUCUACCUGCGCUGAACUGGAACGACUGGAACUCAUAUCUCCUACCGGAGAAGCAACAGCUCAAGAAUAUGCCCAACUCUUAGCAAUCUACCUAUGUCAAAGUGAUUUGUGUAAUGCCAAAUUCCUUUGGAAACGAAUUCCUACAUCUUUGAAAAAUAGUCAUGAUGAGCUCUCUUUGAUAUGGAAAGUAGGUCAAUGUAUGUGGAAAAGAGAUUAUCCUGCAGCAUACAGUGCACUUCAAGUAUCAUGGUCAGAUAAUGUGCGUCAUAUCAUGUUAGCACUCCAGGAUGAACUACGUACAAGAGCUGUUGACCUAAUUGCUAAUGCAUAUUCUUCAAUUACUGUAAGUGACUUAUCUGCAAUGGCAGGCAUUAAUGAUAGAGAAGCUGAAAGACUUUCUAAUGCACGUGGCUGGAUAAUCGAUGCAGAAACUGAGAUGGUGCAUCCUGUUAGGCCACCACCAUCUUCUCAUGUCACAACAUCUAGUGAAGGACAACUAAAUAAGCUGACUGAUUAUGUGUCUUUUUUGGAAAACUGAGUAGGCUAAGAGUAAGAGUAUUAUCUAAGAUGUCUGUCUCUUUGGAACGUCUUGUAUAUUUUUCUUUUGUUGUGAUUGGUGGUCUCGCCUACACUUCUACUGUUGUUAAAAAAAUCUUGAGCCUCUUUUGCCACCCAUUCUGUGUUAAGUGGAAUGGGACUCAGAUUGUGUACUUUGAAAAACCUAUUUAUUGAAAAACAAAAUAACAGGUUGUCUUGUCUUAUUGAUA